UUAAAGAGCGCCAGCAUCAAAUUUUAUUUACUCUUUGGUUUUUGUUUCAUUCACUUUAAUUUUUAUUUUCCGUAUUUUUAUUUAAUUUCAGAGAUUUAUAAUCUGCAGUAUUACUUUUUUGCAAGGUAAUGGAGCCUUCACCACCUCUUACUCGUAUUCAAAAGCUGCCUGCUGAUGUGAUCGCCAAAAUUAAAGCAGGAGAAGUAAUUGUUAGACCUUUCAAUGCCGUUAAGGAGUUGAUCGAAAAUAGUUUGGAUGCCAUGUCGACGCACAUUAUAGUUAGAAUAAAAGGUGGAGGCAGAGAUAGUAUUCAAGUCCAAGACAAUGGAACUGGGAUAUCGAAAGAAGAUCUCAUGAUUGCUUACCAAAAGCAUACAACUUCUAAACUGUCAAGUUUUGAAGAUAUCACCAAAUUAACUACUUAUGGUUUCCGAGGGGAAGCUUUGUCAUCCAUAGCUGCUGUUUCACAGUUGACUAUAAUUUCAAGAGUCAAAGACUGUGUUUGUGGCUACAAAAUCUCGAUAACCGAAGGAAAUCCCGAAACCCCGAAUCCUGUUGCUAUUGCGGCUAAUCCAGGAACACUUAUUUCCAUCAACCAAUUAUUCUUCAAUAUGCCUAUUCGGAAGAAAUCUCUAAAGUCUCCAAGUGAAGAAUAUAAUGCAAUUUUUGAUUUGGUAUCGAAAUAUGCUGUACAUUGCUCGAAUUUCGUUUCCUUUGUUCUUGAAAAGGAUGAAUCCAGAAUCUGUGAUGUCCAAACGUUUGUUGAAUCACAAACGAUCGACAAUAUUCGAUUGCUCUACGGCAAAGAGAUAGCCGCCAAUGUGACACCAAUCACGGCUCAAUCAUCUCGAGAUAUUUUCACUUGCACUGGUUUCAUCAGCCAAAUUAAUUACUCACUUAAAAAAAUGCGAUUCAUCUUGUUCAUAAACGAUCGUUUGGUUGAUUGUGCACCUCUUAAAAAGUCCAUUGAAUUAAUUUACUCCAAUUUUCUAGUCAAAGGAGCUCAUCCAUUUGUUUACCUCAGUGUCAAGAUAAGUCCCUCCAAUUUAGAUGUUAAUGUUCAUCCAAGUAAAAAUGAAGUUAGAUUUUUAUACGAAGAGCAUAUUUUAAAUGAAAUCAAGUCAUCCAUCGAAUCUAAAUUAACAUCUACAACUUCCUCGCGAGUGAUCGCUACAACAUCAUCUCAAUCUAAACUCAAUGUUACUUUCUCUGAACCCAGCCAUUCAAAGCUAAACACAUCUCUAAGUGCAUCUCUAAGUCAAUCAAAAACAAGCCCUAAAAUCAAUCCAGCUAAAAAAGUAAGAACCGAUGCAAGGAAUCAAACAAUUGAUGAAAUUUGGGAUAGAAAUGAAUUCUGUUCUGCUUCUGGAGAAAAUAUGAUUGUUCGAGAAAUCCAGCUUGACAGUAUUAAAGAACUACGUAAAGAAGUUUUGGCAAAGUGUGAUAUUGAUCUUCAUCGUACAAUCAAAGACUCGUGUUUUAUUGGUGUGGUUUCAAACAACAUCAUCGCAAUUCAACAUGAAACCAAAUUGCUCGUCACUGAUAUCACAAAAUUGAGUUACGAACUAUUUUAUCAGCUCUAUUUGCAAGACUUUGGUAACUUUGGAGUGCUAGAGUUCACGGAGCCUCAUUCGAUUGGUAAAUUAUAUGAAAUGUUCGAGCCUUAUCGUGAUCAUGAUUCUAUUAGUUCUGAUGAUGCUUGUGUCAAGUUAACUCGAAGAUAUAUUCGUGAUAUGGCUGAAGAUUAUUUCAGUCUUGAACUGAAACCUGAUGGAACACUCUGCUCAUUACCUGUUCUCCUAAAUGGAUAUCAUCCUAAUCCUCUUAAGCUUCCAUCUUUUAUCAAUGAUUUAGUCCAUAAUGUUGAUUGGAAAAAUGAAAAACCUUGUUUUCAAACUUUUGGCUAUGCAUUAGCUAGGCUAUUUACCCCAUCUGUUCACGAUUAUGACAAUUCUGAAGAUUGGCUCAGAGUCAUUUCAUCCAUUCUUUAUCCAAAGAUCAAAUCAUUUCUUAAACCAUCCGAAAAAUUGAAAGAUCAUUUCAAAGUAAUUACAGCAACAAAUCAACUGUACAGAGUAUUUGAACGUUGUUGAAUUUACUUGUAAGCAAUUCAAAAACCAAUAAUUUAAACGUUCUACCUUAUUGUUAAUAAAUGUUAUGUUCAAUUUUCCACGAUAA